AAACGAACGAGUAUAAACAAACUUUCCGUCAAACAAUUUCCGAACUCUUUGCUACCCCUUCCGUUUAUUCUCACCCUCACUUUACAUACAUAAAACAGAGCUACCACUCACACUCAGUUGCUUGCUUCGCUCAAUAGCAUAAUAUAUGGGAUUAUAUAUGGGGGCCUAACGAACCCUAAAUUGUUGAGCUACCACCAAAUUAACGACAGUGUUGCACUCAUCCACUCGAUUCGACAGUCAUUCCUCAGGUUAUACACUACAAUGAUCACUAAAAUGGCGUUACCGACAACUAUCGAAAAGCUCGACAUAGACGUUCUUCAGAACAUACUCGCCAGGCUUUCGGCUGUUGAUUUUGCGUCUGCUGAUUGCGUUAGCCGCUCGUGGAACCAUGUUUGCAGUCGCAUCCUUUGUCGCCCCAAGUUCGCCUCCGCAUGCUCGAACAAUCCUUCCCUCCUUGUUGCUAUUGAAGAAGUGGCAAAUGAAGUACUAUCGAAGCUAAUUCGUCCUCAAUUUGCCAUUCUUUCCGUCGGAAGUUUGUUCAGUAUGCAAGAGGCUUUCCAACUCAUUACUACAAAACUAAGCUCCAAAAUUCCUGUCAUUGUCAACUGGUCCUCUGGAUUUAUUGGAAGGGAUGCAUUUUAUGAAGAAUUCAAAAAGAUUCCUAAAUUGGAGAGUGGAAUUAGAGGAAUCGUGUUAACUGUUGGAUGUGUACCAGGGAUGAAAGUAAAAUCAAUCUCGCUUCAAAAGCAAGUUGAGGAGCACCCACAAGAUUUCAUGAUUGACAAAUUCGUAACGGACAUUUGGGAGUUCUCGACUUCUAUAUCAGGACGUCAAUCCCCUGCUGCCUUAAUGAUUUUCAGUAGAGAGCAUCCUCAUGUAGGCAUAAAUACUGUGGAAAAACUCGAUUAUGCCAUGUCACCGGAAACUGUCGUUGUUGGUGGUUUUUGCUAUGAUUUCCGACAUACCGCCACUGAAGAACUUGCUUGUGAUGCUGUUGCCUUGGUAUUUGUCGCAGAUAGGAACAAACCUCCCGGUAUUGGGGAAACUAAAUUUCAUGCGGCAUUGUCAAGUGGAUUAUCACCAGUGGGACCCACAUACAGGGUGGAUUCUGUUACAGAGAAGUAUGGUUGUAUGGCCCAUCUCAUUGUACACAGAGAAGGGCCGUUUGAAGCUACUGAAAUGGAGGAGUUAUCUACUAUGUACAUUGGGGUAACUAAAAGAAGGAAAUGUUCCGUCGGGCAGGAAAAAGAAAAAUGGAUGACGUCUCUUGCAUUCCACCGAAUUCUAUCCACAGGAACGGACAAUGAGUAUUUUCUAGUCGAAGACGUCGGUGUCAAAACAGGCGACACCUUUCAGUGUUACCUCACAGAUUCCAAUACCGCUAGAUCUUCUACGGACAGUGUCUCUAACCUUGUGAGAUCUUUCAAUGGCAGUGAUAAAUGGGAGGUAUCCGGUGGUCUUAUUUUCGCUUCUAUGCAUCGUGGCCAACCAAAUGGUGACAGCUCCCUGUUUUUGGAAAACUUACCUGGUGUGACAUUCGCCGGGACCAUGUGUCUGGGUGAAAUGUGGCGGGGCGAUUUAAUCCCACAAGAAUCUCAAGAACAAAAGUCGGCUCAAGGUUGCUUUUUGCACCGGUACAAUGCUGUUUAUUUAGUUAUGUCUUACGCCCCAUAGAAAAAUGAAGUAUAUGCUGUUUUCCUGUUGGACUUUGAUGUGAUGAUUAGAUCUAGAAACCGACUGCUUGAUGGAAUCAAUGCAUAAAAAAACGUUGGUGGAGACAAGACGUUCUGUGUGCCUAGUAUCCUUCCUCGAUGAGAUUUGUCCCACCAUCGUAAACUAAACGUAACAUUAGUGACUUUGAUACCUUUUAUAGCUUUUGGAUCAUCAUA